GCAGUUGACGCCAUCCCCUUUUGUUCAGAUUCUUUUACUGGAACAGAAAUUACAAAAAUGAGGAACUCCAAGUGUUUGCCACUUGCCUGCUGCACUUUGAUUAGGAACAGAAGGAGUUAACAGAUGAGUGUUCCUCGUCCCCGCCCCUCCCUCCCUCUCUCUCUCUCUCUCUCUCUCUCUCUCCAUUCACUAAAUGACAGAAGUAAAGGGACCUGCCGUCAAGUCACAUGUGGGUCUGACGCCGUAAGAUUUUUGGCUCCUUUCUUCUUCUCACAGCCACAACCAAAGUUGGGACAGUAAGUGGAGUGUCAUGGAUUUAAGCGGAGAGUGCAGGGCUUGGUGACAGGAAGACCACCGUGGGAGCAGCAGCUUGCAUCGUGCAGUUAAACAUUUGCUGUCCGCUCAUUGUGAGGUGCUGAAAUGCCCCUUCUGCGACGAUGUCGGCACCUCCAAACAAGGGCAGUCCUCUCUACCUGACAGUCUACACCAUCACCUUAGUGACCGGCUGGCCGACCAACCUGCUCGCCCUGUACGCCUUCUACAAGAAGCUGAGGCGCAAGGCCACCCCCAGUGUGAUCUUCUUGAUCAACCUGACUCUCUCUGACAUCUCCUUUCUCACUUUCCUUCCGGUCAAGGCCAUCGAGGCAUCCGGCGACAUGAUCUGGAUCCUUCCGCGCUCCCUGUGUCCGCUGAGCGGCCUUUUCUACUUUAGCACCAUCUACAGCAGCACCUUGUUCUUAACGGCGGUAAGCGUGGACCGCUACCUGGGAGUGGCCUACCCGCUGUGGUACAAGAUGUAUCGGAAGAGCUCCUACGCGCUUGUCGCCUGUUUCUGUCUGUGGGUUUGCGCUUUUGCCCACUGUAGCGUGGUCUACGUCACGGAGCUGAAUCGGGACUGGAGUAUUGCGAAAAACGAGUCCGUCUGCUAUGACAAUUUUAGCCAGAAGCAACUGACGUUCCUCCUGCCUGUGCGCCUGGAGCUCGGCCUCAUGCUCUUCUGCAUCCCGUCCCUCAUCACCUCUUUCUGCUACUGCAGCUUUACCAGAAUCAUCCUGUCUUCUCCGCACAUUUGCAAGGAGAAGAAGCAGAGGUGCGUCGGGCUGGUCCUGGCCACGCUCGCCGUCUUCCUCAUCUGCUUCACACCGUACAACGUCUCCCAUUUUGUGGGCUAUGCCCAAGGCAGCAGUCCCACGUGGAGAGGCGACGCUUUGCUCCUCAGCACCUUCAACGCCUGCCUUGACCCCAUUAUCUUUUACUUCUCCUCCACGGCCGUCCAGAAGUCCUGUAGGAGCUGUCUGCGGGGUCUGCAGAUCAAAGAGUGCACCAACAAACCCAUCUUUUACCUCUCCAAUGAAAUCAGGUCCAGCGAACAGAAGUCCAACGUGGAAGACCGAUGCUGAACACGGAUUGCAUUUCAUGUUGUCUCGGCUCAGACCGAGGUUUCCCUGCUCCCCGAGGGUCGCCAGAUUACACAGCAGCCUUUCUCUGCCAGUGGGCUGAUGGAGAACUCCUUCGGUGGCCCCGCAGGCUGCUAAUUCCAAAGGUGCCUCUUGGCAACUCAGCUUAUCCGAAAAUUGGAACCCAAAAAUCCUGAAGGUGCGAUGGAUUCCCAUCAGAGAGAGGACAUGACCACUUUGUGGAUUUCUGCAUUCAAGUCCCGGAAUUUCCAGAGCUGCCAAGGACUCAACCAGAUGGCUUUACUGGUCUUUACAGCGGCAAGUGGAGUGUUUGGGAAGGUCCGGUUGAUUCCAGAGAGUCGGAAAUGGAAAAGUGGACGCAAUCACAAUGGCAGGACUUCAAUGGACUCUGACUUGAUGACAUGAGGCUUUACGCUGCGCGGUGUGUAUGUUUGGGGUCUUGUGCUCUACCCUUGACUUAUGGUGGGCCCACAAUUAACAUGAGAAAGAUCUAACUGGACCUUCAUGCUGUUUCUUCUCCACUGUGUCUCGACAUGCUUUUAUGCUGAGACCUCCACACCUUCUGCUUUCUUUAAGGGUUCUGCAUGAGUGCCGUUAAGGUUUCAUAUUGGCCCGCUGUGUAUGCUGGGAUACCUCCCUCUUCCAGUCACCCCUGUACUAAACCAUAAUGGACAUCUUGGCAGAACAUGUGGAAACGCCAACAGGGGGUCACUUACUA